AAGAGAAUGGCAUACAUGGCAAGGGCACUCGGUCUCCUCCUGCUGAUCGGUGUGAGUGCCGCCCAUGACACGGAGCAGAAUGAUUCCCUGGGCAUCAGGAUGGGGAGGAUGGCAUCACAGUCUUCGGUAGAAGUGGUGCGUUGCCUGAAUGGAGCUCUGCAGGUGGGUUGUGGAGCUUUUGCCUGCCUGGAAAACUCGACCUGUGACACGGACGGGAUGUACGACAUCUGCAAGUCAUUCCUACACAGUGCGGCCAAGUUCGACACGCAGGGCAAGGUGUUUGUGAAGGAAAGCCUGAAGUGUCUGGUGAAUGGUAUAACCACCAAGAUGUUCCUGGCCAUGCGCCGCUGCUCCAGUCUGCAGAGACUGAUCUCCGACGUGCAGGAGGAAUGUUACGCCAAGCUGGAUAUCUGCUCGGUGGCUCGUUACAACCCGGACGCAAUCACGGAGGUCGUACAUCUGCCACAUCUCUUUCCCAACAGAUAUUACAACAAGCUUCUCCGGAGCCUCCUGGAGUGUGACGAUGACACCGUGUCGGCUGUGAAGAGCCGUCUGAUGGAUCACAUAGGGCCCAACCUCGCCAGCCUGUUCAAAGCGCUGCAAAGCGACAAGUGCCUCCAUAUUCAACCCAAGGCGGAUUUCAACCGCAAGAGGAACCUAGACCCGCAGACGCUGCGGAUCUACCUUGGCGGGCUUCGCAGCGAGAGCUCGGGUCCAAUCGCGUACAACCGGGACUCCUUGGAACUGGACUAACCCCCAGGAACCACCAGAACUGGGAGAACGACCUAGAACUUUAUACAAACUCCCCCUUUUGUAAGCGAUUGGCCAAUUCAGUGCUUCUAAAAAACAAGAA